AUGCCAAGUACAAGUUAUCUUGAUAAAAACUAUAAAUCUACACAUUACAAUAACGUUCGUCCUUCGUAUCCGGAUGCCUUAAUUGAGGAAAUCUUGAAAUAUCAUCACGGUCCUAAAGUUCGCCUUGUUGAUGUUGGUUGUGGUACCGGUAUAGCAACUGUUCUCUUUAAGGACAAGUUCCAAGAAAUCAUUGGUGUUGAUCCAUCUGAAAGUAUGCUAGAAGCUUUCAAACAUGAGAUUGAUAAAAGUGUUGCUCCUAAUGAUAGAAACAAAUUUAAAUUAAUUGCCUCACCCGGAGAAGAUUUCCCUGAGGUGAAGACAAAUACAGUCGAUAUGGUUAUCGGUGCGGAGUCAAUCCACUGGUGUGAUAUGGAAAAGCUUUUUGGAGAAGUGUCCAGAGUCUUGAGAGAUGACGGUACUUUUGCUUUCUGGUUUUACAUUCAACCCGAAUUCAUUGAUUUAGGUGCAAAAGCUCAGGAAAUUUAUUACAAGUACGGAUGGAGCGACCAGUUUAUGGGGAAAUAUUUAACAAGUAGUCAAAGGGAAUUUUUUAACAACUUUGGUGGCUCUGAUUUGCCAAAAUUAUUAGCUAAAAAAUUUAAGGAUAUUGAAUUCCACAACUUUGAUCCCAAUAAUAAAAGUGUCGCUAAUAGAUCUUCAUUUUAUAUGAAAGGAGCCAUGACGCUUCUUGAAUUCAAGGAAUUGGUGAAAAGUUGGAGUUUAUAUGCUUCUUGGAUGAAGAAUAAUCCAAAUGAACCUGAUAUUGCUGACACAUUCAUUAAUGAAUUGAAAACAGUGUGUUCAGUUGAGGAUGAAGUAAUGCCGUUGAGAGUGGAAUGGAAGACUUUCCAUUAUUUAUGUAGGAAAAUGUGA